GUCUCCGGCUUUUUGGUGCUGUAUCCAUUUUGCUUUUAUAUAUUUCUCCGGGUUGGUAUUCCUGUAGGAUUACCUGCACAAGCUGAGAGGUCCAGUGCUGUCUCCUCUACAUAUUUCCUUUAUACACCAACAUAAACGUCAGCUUACCUGAUGGAUACACAAGAUGGCGGCCAAGUGCUCAGACCAAAGGCCUCUUCUUCCAAGAUAGUAUAUUGCCAUCAGACUGUAUUGCAUGCAGUAGCUUCCGCCAUAUUGCCACAUUUCAUAUAGAGCAGCAUCUUCUUAUAGUCCAUCAGAAGCCAUAUUAGGGGCUAUAACCUUUCGUGGUACCUCACGCCUCAAUGAGGGAUGAUGGUUUUGCUCUUAAUAGUUUACAAGUUUCCUCUAUCUAUGGCUGUAGCAGAAAUACAUUGGAUUUUUGGAAAAGACACAACAGAAAGAACACAAUUCACCCAGAAGGCAUUGGUCUCUACAGGUUGAUCAAUCACCUCACAUGUGUGGUAACAGGUGACCAAUAAUCAUGGUGGAUCUGGCUGGAAAACCUAUGAAUAGGAUUCACUUCACCUUCCUACAGGAAUGACACCUUGCUAAGAGAAUAGUGCCGGUAUUGGCACCCUGGGUUGUCCUUGUGGUCGGCACGCAGAAGUCAUGCAGGAUUUAAUAGCUGGCUUUGAGACCUUCACUUUUGACCUCGAAAGGGAUGUGGAAUGUCAGCGGGGGGCCCAGGUCCUGCCCUUCGCAGGCAUGGACAAGUCGGGAGCAGCGGUGUGUGACUUCUUCAUACAGGGCAUAUGCAGGAAAGGUUCCAUUUGUCCCUUCCGUCACAUGAGUGGGGAGAAAACUGUAGUCUGUAAGCACUGGCUGAGGGGUUUGUGCAAGAAAGGCGACCAUUGCGAGUUCCUCCAUGAGUAUGACAUGGGUCGUAUGCCUGAGUGUUACUUCUAUUCCAAAUUUGGUGAAUGCAGCAAUAGGGACUGUCUAUUCCUGCACAUCGACCCCGCUUCUAAGAUUAAGGAUUGCCCGUGGUACGACAGAGGAUUUUGCAAACAUGGUCCAGCAUGCAAAUACCGGCACACCCGCAGAGUGAUGUGCCCAAACUACCUGGCUGGCUUCUGUCCUGAAGGUCCAAAGUGUAAAUAUGCCCAUCCAAAAGUAGACUUGGUUCUCUGCAGUCCGGACCACACAAAGAAAGCGGCUGCACCUAAGAGGCUACCAGUCCCUUCACUCCCUUGUGAUCCUGAGCCCCUAUCUAAGCAAGCAGCCAUCCUUAUGGAGCUGCCACCUCUCUCCCAUCUGACUGUUCUCACCAUGAUGCAUGAACGCUUUAAGAAGAUGCAAGAAAAUGUCUGUGGAGGUCUGAGACCCUUGGAACAAGUCACAUGUUUCAAAUGUGGAGACAGAGGCCACUAUGCCAACAAAUGCAGCCGAAGCCGUUACGCCUUUCAGAUGAGGAAGUGAUUAGUAGACUGUGGUACGGAUGUGUGGACAUGGAUAAACACAUUGAUGCUUCUUCGUCAAUUCAAGUGAGGAGAUCUAGACUGCGAGAUGCUCUGUCUAUGCUCCAGUGUUCGAAAGGGCAACGCGUAAAAAAAAAAAAAUGACUAUUUAUCCUAUGUUAUCUAUGGAUGACCAUAGAAUUGCU